AUGAGUUUACCCGUUUCGGAUAGUACUUGCUUACAUUACUCUGUUGGUCAUGGUGCUUGGCGAGUGGUUAACUUAAUUUUGGAUACAGGACAUGCUCAUCCAGAUCAUCUAAAUCGGUCCGGCUUUUCACCGAUUAUGAUUGCUACUCUAACUAAUGUCUCUGAUCCUAUUGCUCUGAAAACGAUCAGUCGAUUGUUUAGUAUGGGUGAUACUAACCUCCACACAAAUACACCUGCUCGUCAGUCUCCAUUAAUGUUAGCUGCAUUAAAUGGAGCUGUUGAUAUCUGCUCGUUACUUAUUGCACACGGUGCUGAUAUUAAUGCUCAAGAUGCUUCUGGCAAUACUGCCUUAAUGUAUGCAAUUGAACAAGAUUUAACUCUGGUUGACAAUAACGGGAAAAAUGCACUAGCUGUGGCGAAAUCUAAAAAUGAUUCCGAAAUCCUCAAUCUUAUCCAUUCAGUUUAUAAUACUUCAAAGGCGAAUGUAGUAACCAGCGAAAUUUCCCCUGGCGUCAGAUAUAAUGAACGCAGAAAUGCUCAUAGACUAUUGCAAGGUCUGUGUGGUCUACGCCAAGCUUCAAUGACAAAAUCAGUUAAAUUAUGUUUAUAG